UUCAGAGUAAACCCCACAUUUGGGGAUCUGGAGAUGAUCUGCCCCACCUGCUGCCGGAUAGCUUCUGCCAGUAUCCAUCUUUGCUGGACCGUCUCAAUGGCACAGACUCAUAUAAUAUCCACCCCCAUCGUCUCGAUGCCUAGGCAACCAACCACACCUCCCUUAUUGCAAUGGCCUCCACCACCUACUCCCCCUCCCCCACCACUCCGCUGAACAUAGCCGUAAUUGGCGCCACCGGCUUCGGCGGCAGCUGGCUAACGAAGGAGCUAAUCUCGCGCGGCCACCGAGUGACCGGUCUUUCUCGACACCCCGAAAAGCUCGGGAUCCACCCGCUCUACACGCCGAAGCAACUCGACAUCACCUCAGACAUCACCGUGCUCGCAGCGGCAUUCGCCGGCUUCGACGUGAUAGUCGACGAGUACGGCCCGCACGCCGCCGGUUUCGCGGCGCUGAAAUACAUGCCCUUCCUCGAAGUAACCCGGCGCGUCAUCCUCGCAAUAAAGCUGGCGCGCGUCCCGUAUUUCAUUAAAGUCGGCGGCACGGGAUCCCUGCACCUACCGGGACAACCUCACGUCUCCGUCCUCGAGUCGCCGCAGUGGUGGCUCGACUACCGCCGCGGCAUAGCCGACUCGCACGCGCACGUGACGUACAUGGAGGAGCGCCUGGGGCCGUCGGGGGUCGCGUUGCGGGGGUACCGGAAUGCGCGGCUCGCGCUGAAGGCGGGGACGGCCGGGGAGGUGGAGGAGAAGGUGAUAAAGACGUAUGAACAGGAGGUGAAAAACAGGGAUGCAGCGAUGGAGUUUGUGACCGCCUGCAGGACUAGCUUCAUGUUUUUUGAGGGCAGGGCGGAUUUUGCGUGGUCCUUUGUUAGCCCCAGCUCUCUGUAUCGACCCGGGAAGAGGACGGGGGUGUAUAUGUGGGCGUAUGAUGUUCUCCCGCUGAAGGGGGAUAGGAACAGUGCUGAGGCCAUGGAGGGUCGCCUGCAUGGGAUUUCGGUCGCGGAUCUGGCCGUCGCGAUUGCGGAUGAGGCGGAGGAGAGGAGGCAUGUCGGAAGGCAUUGGACGGCCUGGGCGGAUCUGAGCGAUGAUACGCCCGCGCCGAGUUAUGUUAGGAUCGAUGAGUGAGGAGCGGGCACCGGGACUGCCUACAUUGUACCUAGAGAAGAAUUAGCCGUAGUAAAGCAUUCAAUUUGGCUUCAAUGUAACUGAGUA